CACGACCAACUCCGGGAUCACGUGCCUGCCCAGCAACCAGGCUGACCCCAGCGACGACUUUAUAAUCUUGUCUGCUCCUCGUUGCCAGGUUGGACUUUUCUUCCUUCUUUCUCUUCCUCAUCACUCUCAACCUUUUAUUCAAUUCCCUUCAAUCCCCUCUCCCCUCCAUCAAUCCCCCCCCCCCUUCUUUCACAAUGGCUUCUCGUGGUCUUCCCCGUGCCCUCCGUGUGGCCCGUGUCGCCGCCCCCCGGUCCGUCGUCUCCGCCGCUCUCCCCCGGCCCUCUCUGGCAAAGGCUGCUGCUGCUGUCCCCCGUGUCUCAAUCCCCUCCGUCCCCGUCCGUGGCGUCAAGACCAUCACCUUCGCUGAUACCCAGGAGACUGUUUAUGAGCGUGAGGACUGGCCCCGUGAGAAGCUCCAGGAGUACUUCAAGAAUGACACUCUGGCUCUCAUUGGUUACGGUUCCCAGGGUCACGGUCAGGGUCUGAACCUGCGUGACCAGGGCCUCAACGUCAUUGUUGGUGUCCGUAAGGAUGGUGCUUCCUGGAAGGAGGCCAUUCAGGACGGCUGGGUUCCAGGCAAGAACCUGUUCGAUGUUACCGAGGCCGUCCAGAAGGGUACCAUCGUCAUGAACCUGCUCUCCGAUGCCGCUCAGUCUGAGACCUGGCCCACUCUGAAGCCCCUCAUCACCAAGGGCAAGACCCUCUACUUCUCCCACGGUUUCUCCCCCGUUUUCAAGGACCUCACCAAGGUCGAGGUCCCCACCGAUGUUGAUGUCAUCCUCGUCGCCCCCAAGGGUUCCGGCCGUACCGUCCGCUCCCUCUUCCGUGAGGGCCGUGGUAUCAACUCCUCAAUUGCCGUUUACCAGGAUGUGACUGGCAACGCCAAGGAGAAGGCCAUUGCCAUGGGUGUCGCUGUCGGUUCUGGCUACCUGUACGAGACCACCUUCGAGAAGGAGGUCUACUCCGAUCUCUACGGUGAGCGUGGCUGUCUCAUGGGUGGUAUCCACGGUAUGUUCCUUGCCCAGUACGAGGUUCUCCGUGAGCGUGGCCACAGCCCCUCUGAGGCCUUCAACGAGACCGUCGAGGAGGCCACUCAGUCCCUCUACCCUCUGAUUGGUGCCAACGGUAUGGACUGGAUGUACGCUGCCUGCUCCACCACCGCCCGCCGUGGUGCCAUCGACUGGUCCAGCCGCUUCAAGGACACCCUGAAGCCCGUCUUCAACGACCUCUACGACAGCGUGCACAACGGCAGCGAGACCAAGCGCUCUCUGGAAUACAACUCCCAGAAGGAUUACCGCGAGAAGUACGAGAAGGAGAUGCAGGACAUCCGUGAUCUCGAGAUCUGGCGCGCCGGAAAGGCUGUUCGUUCUCUCCGCCCUGAGAGCAAGAAAUAAAUUAAUGAGUUGUGUUCAAUCCUGGGUUGGGAAAAGUUACGAAUGUACCAUGAAUUGAUUUCAUUUAUGUUUGUUAGAUAAUAAUAUUGGAAUUGAAUCCAUUUCCUUGCA